AUUUCCUAUUUUUCAAAAAAGAAUCUUCUAUCAUCUUCAUCAUCGUAAAAAAUCUCACAACUCAAAUCACACUGAUCUCACUCACUUCAUUCUCACAAAAAAACUGACUAUAGAUUUCCAAAAUUUAACGGUGUGUUAGUCCGACUGUUUCGAAAUCCUGAUUCCGCUAAUAUCGAUGAAUGCGCCUACCUUUUCCCUCCAGUUCACCUCCAAUCUCCACAAUCUCAUAACCACUCCCUCGUUCCACACCUCCACGCCACGUCACAGCAAGUCCAGAGGCUCUAGUUUCGGUUGCCACGUGUCGAGAAGCAUCGACGCGUGGAGCGGCUUGAGCAAUGAUGAGUCAGCUACUGCGUUCAGUGAGAGCUGCAGCAAGAGUAAAGAGAAUUGGUGGAGUGGAAACAGAGAAGAGGAAGAGACUUGGAGAAGAAGGAAAGUCGAGUGUGAAGUCGAAGUGAUCUCGUGGCGAGAACGAAGAAUUCGAGCUCAGACGUGUGUUAAUGCUGAUAUUCAUGCUGUGUGGCGUGCUCUCACGGAUUAUGAACGUCUUGCUGAUUUUAUUCCGAAUCUCGUUUCGAGUGGACUGAUACCUUGCCCACAUCCGGGACGGAUAUGGUUGGAACAACGAGGUCUGCAACGCGCUCUGUACUGGCAUAUAGAAGCUCGUGUUGUGCUGGAUCUGAAGGAGUUUCCUAAUUCAGCGACUGACCGUGAACUUCACUUUUCAAUGGUUGAUGGAGAUUUUAAGAAAUUUGAAGGCAAAUGGUGCGUGAAAUCUGCCAGAAGGUCUUCAACAACAACAUUGUCAUAUGAGGUUAAUGUGAUACCGACGUACAAUUUCCCUGCCAUAUUAGUGGAGAGAAUAAUAAGUUCAGACCUUCCUGUCAAUCUUCAAGCCUUGGCUUGGAGAGCUGAAAACUUUGAGAACCAGCAUGUGCAUUUCACAGAGAACAUAGUUGGGAUAUCGACUCCCCUUAAAUCUAUAAGCUUGGACACUAAUGGUGCUACAAUUGAGGAGAAUAAGAUUCCUCCGGAAGAAGUUAAAGAUAUUUAUCCUAGUUCGACCUUUGGCCCUUUGCCCCCCUCAUCUAUCGAGAUGAACAGUAACUGGGGAAUAUUUGGGAAAUUUUGCAAACUUGAAAGGCCUGUAGUGGAUGAAGUUCAUCUUCGCAGAUUUGACGAACUAUUGGAAAAUGGAGGCGUGCAUCGUUGUGUGGUUGCCAGCAUAACUGUCAAAGCUCCUGUUCGAGAAGUUUGGAAUGUCUUGACUGCUUAUGAGCGCCUUCCCGAGAUAGUUCCAAAUUUAGCUAUAAGUAAGAUUUUGUCAAGAGAAAACAACAAAGUACGCAUCCUUCAGGAAGGAUGCAAAGGUCUGUUGUAUAUGGUACUCCAUGCACGUGUAGUCUUAGAUUUAUGCGAAAAAAUUGAACAUGAGAUCAGCUUCGAGCAGGUUGAAGGGGACUUCGACUCGUUUAAGGGGAAAUGGCAAUUAGAGCAACUUGGUAAUCAUCAUACACUGUUAAAGUACAGUGUUGAGUCAAAAAUGCACAAAAACACCUUCCUCUCUGAAGCUAUAAUGGAAGAGGUUAUUUACGAAGAUCUUCCAUCAAAUUUAUGUGCAAUUCGAGAUUAUUCAGAGAACAGAGUAGCAGACAGCUCUUUUGAAUUAUGUGACCACCUGAUUCAUUCAGAGGAGAAUACCUCAUCGCCUGACAGUAACAGGUCUGACGAUAAUUAUAAAUCAGACGACACAUCUUCUGAUGAUGACAGACCACAUUCAUCAAGACAAAGGGAGAGGGUGCCAGGCUUACAGAGGGACAUUGAGGUUCUUAAAUCCGAAUUGCUGACUUUCAUAUCAACACAUGGGCAGGAUGGAUUUAUGCCCAUGAGGAAGCAACUUCGGAAGUAUAGAAGAGUUGACAUCGAGAAGGCAAUCACACGAAUGGGCGGAUUUAGAAGAAUUGCCUCGUUGAUGAAUCUUUCCCUUGCUUACAAGCAACGCAAACCAAAAGGUUACUGGGAUAACCUUGAGAACUUGGAAGAAGAGAUUAGCCGCUUCCAGAAGAGCUGGGGAAUGGAUUUAUCCUUUAUGCCCAGUAGAAAAUCUUUCGAGCGUGCAGGUCGUUAUGACAUUGCUCGGGCUCUGGAGAAAUGGGGAGGUCUUCAUGAAGUUUCGCGUCUUCUGUCACUCAAGGUACGGCACCCUAAUAGACAGGCACGCGUUAGUAAAGAUAAGAAGAGUGAUAGUAUAGCAUGUAGUGUUGUAAAUGGUGAGCAGAAGGCAUCAUCUAAGCUCCAUGUAUCUCAAGAUACAGAGAAAUGGCUCAUGAAAGUGAAGGAUCUGGAUAUAAAUUGGGUAGAAUAGGAAUGUAUAUAGUAAUAAUUUUUAAUCUUUUUUUCUUUACCAUUUUGUUUUUGAUGACCAAUAGUUGGUCAUAUGAUGAUUGUAUAUAUGAGGUAGCUUCGAAAUUGUUGAUAGGAUCAAGAUGUAACAAAAAUAUCGAUACGAAUGUUGCCUGUUUGGCUUAGCUUAUAAGUAACUUAUAAAUUGAAAAAUGUAUGUA